UUUUUUUUUCUUUCCUUUUUUCUUUUUCUCGCUUGUUUUUUUCUUUUUUCACUUUCACUUUUUUUUUCUUCCUUUUCUUUUUUAAUUUACACUCUAAAAGAUGAAUUCACAUUACUUACAACGACUCUCAUUUCAAAAACUGGAAAUUCAUUCACCAUCAGCAUCAUUACAUUCAUUUGUUCUUGUAAGAAACUCUUUGCUUCGCUCUAUACGGAUUCAACAACAAGAAGACAGCUGGCUGGACGCGUGCUUUGAUGAAUUGACUCCCGAUACGACUGCGACAUCCUCCACAACAGCUGCGGAAGAAACAGUGAAUCAAGGUGACCAAUCAACAACACAACAACAAUAUGAUGAUGAUUUGGAUAUGUUAUUAAUAGAGGAUGAUUCAGAUGAUGAUGAUGAUGAUGAAGGACCAGUGUCUCCAGAACAAACGGAUGUCCCCCCUCUGUAUCGUCAACGUACUUUUGGUUCACCCGCCUUUUUUAUUCCUGUGGAUGAUGAUUCUGAUGAUGAUGAUGAUGCCAGUGAUGAUGACAUUAUUUCAUCUCCAGCUGAUAAUCACACCAUCAACAAGACAACAGACGACAAACACUUCCAUCACAAUAACAACGACAAUAACAACAACAACAACAAUAAUAGUAGGGUACAAUCUUCCUCCUCCACACCUUCAGUAGCUCAUGAUAUUGUUUUUCUUGACUGUGGUGAUGGAUCGAUUCAAUGGUAGAUCCUCUCAAAAAAAAAAAAAAAUAGUACCUGAUAUUGAUGAAUGCAUGGAUAUUCACCCUUGAUUUCUCUAUCUAUGACUAUUUAUUAUUUCCCAUUCCUUUGUCGUACUAAUGUUUUCUUUAUAUAUAUCUUCUUAUCCUUUGUACAUAUUUUAUAUAUCUUCAUCGCAUAGCCUCUUU